GUGUACAAACUUCUUUCCGGAGAUCUAUCGGCACUCUGUUGGUUCUGCUCGGCAUCUUUAUGUGCUUGAAGAUCCUCAUGUUCACUUUGGAGGGUUCUUCAACGAAUGCAGUGGCUCCCCUGGAUCUAGUGCUUGCUCCAAAUCUCAAUUAUUCGUACCCAAUCGAUUUGAAUGAAACAGUGUGUCUGAAACCCGAUAUUCUUCUAUUGGCCGUGGUGAUAUCGGCUCCCCAGAAUUUUCUGAAACGGCGCUUGAUUCGGCAAACUUGGGGAGGAGCCAUGCAAGACAGCCAGUCCAUGAAUGUUAUCUUCUUUAUUGGCCAGAGCACGGAUCAAAGUAUCAAUGGUUUGGUGUUUGAAGAAAGCGCUUGGCAUCAGGAUAUUAUCCAAGGAGAUUUUCAGGACACCUAUUUGAAUCUGUCACAAAAAGGAAUCUUCUUCAUGGAAUGGAUCCUUCAAAAAAGGAAUUGCUCUCAAAUCAAAUGGAUUCUCAAAGUGGAUGAUGAUGUGAUAUUGAAUCCUUACGAGUUGCAUUCAUACAUCAUAGCCAAUCAUCGUUAUGAUUACAAGAUCCAUUGCAAAAUACACAGGAAAAGUCGCGUGCAACGCGAUCCCAGUCAGAAAUGGUGCCGUUCAUCAAACCAGUAUCCGGAUGAAUUUUAUCCCCCUUAUUGUUCGGGGCCAAUGUACCUUUUGUCAGCGAAAACCAUUCCCCAAUUAGUGUCUCAACAAAGAAAAGAUCCUGAUGAAAUGUUCUCAUUUGAGGAUAUCUAUUACACAGGCAUUUUGGCACAACGUGCUAAUCUAAAUCUCAAGGAAUACUCAUCAAAACUCAAAUUUUCGUUCACAUUUGACGUGAAUGCCCAAACAUUGUUUGUUAUUGCAGAUGGGUUGAAUGAUACGUUUGCCACCUAUGCAUUUCCAGCAGUAUGGGAAAAUCUUAUCAACUCAAGGGCUGAUCUAAUUUGAAUGACGAAAUAUAUCAUGGUUUUGAAA